AACGAUACUCUUCGGGGAAUUGUGCCCACCCCUUUGAUAAAAUCUCAAUGACAGGUUCUGGAACGCUCACACAUUGAGUAAAGCUGCGAUUGGCGGAGCGGCGGCUAUUAGUUACAUUCGUAAGCAGCAUCCUGUUGCUCUCGGAUCGUUCCGGGACCGCCCUGGGAACACCUGCAAUUGCUGCAAAGCCGCGCAGUCCUAGCUCUCCAGGCCCGUCCUUUGGGAUCUCCUGCUGGGACUUUGCAUCCUUCCAGCAUCUCCAAACUCCUUGACUGCCGUCGAGCUUCCCGGGGCGUUUGAGCAGUCCGAGAGAGAACAUGGACAACGGGGGAGGGAGCGAGCAGCAGUUUUUGCCCCGGUUGUGCUGCCCGGAGAAGGGGCCGAACGGCUACGGCUUUCAUUUGCACGGGGAGAAAGGCAAGGCGGGCCAGUUCAUCCGGUUAGUGGAGCCCGAUUCCCCGGCUGAGAAGUCCGGGCUGCGGGCCGGGGACCGGUUGGUGGAAGUGAACGGAGAGAACGUGGAGAACGAGAAUCACCUGCAAGUAGUGAACCGCAUCCGAGGUUCACUAGGCUCCGUACGUUUGCUGGUGGUGGACGCCGAGACUGACGAGAGGCUGCAGAAACUGGGCCUUGAAUGCAGCGAAGAUCUCAUCCGUGGGCUGCCCGAGGAAAAGUUGGAAGGGAAGAAUGAUGGCCGGGAACCGAGGGAGGUUGCCCCGCAGGAGCCGGAGGAACAGGAAAAGAAGAAAGCGGACGGGGAAGAAAAGAACCGCGCUGCCCAGCGGAAAGAGUUGCGGCCUCGUCUCUGCCAAAUGAAGAAGGGUCCCAACGGGUAUGGAUUCAAUCUCCAUAGUGACAAGACCAAGCCGGGCCAGUAUGUCCGUGCCGUGGAUCCAGACUCACCAGCUGAAGCCUCAGGACUGCUGCCUCAAGACCGUAUCAUUGAGGUGAAUGGAGUGUGCAUGGAAGGCAAGCAGCACUCGGAUGUUGUUUCGGCCAUAAGAUCUGGUGGAGAUGACACCAAGCUAUUGGUGGUGGAUAGCUUAACAGAUGAAUUUUUCAAGAAGUGCAACGUCAUCCCUUCUGAAGCGCAUCUGAAAGGUCCCUUGCCAGAACCAGUUGCCAAUGGUGAUGUGGAGAAGGAGAACAACAGAGAUGACCAGCUUGAGCCUGUCUCUGAAAGUCCUUCAAGCCCUGAGCUUGUGUCUCCUUCCCCAACUCUGAAUGAACCUCACAAUGAGCUCAACUCUCAAGAGAAAGAAGAGACGCGCAGCUCCAUAUCCGACCCCAUUCUUGACUUGGACAUCCCGCUGGCUGUGGCCAAGGAGCGUGCUCACCAAAAACGCACCAGCAAAAGGGCACCACAGAUGGACUGGAGCAAGAAAAAUGAACUAUUCAGCAACCUCUGAAGUAUCCCAUCCCCCAAGCAGGGAGGAGAUGCAAGGGCAAGACCCAGCAAAUCUGGCCAGAUCAUCUACCUUGGCUUCCUCCUAGCCCACAUACAUACACACACACACAUAUUCCCCCAGAUGGUUUUUUUCCCAUUUACCCCUUUCUUUACCUGGGGAAUGGGGAUGUGAGAUCUUGUGUUGUCCUCUGUAAUCUGAAGGAAAACAAACGGCAUGAUGACUACUCUUGCACAUUCUGGAGAAAGCAAUUAUAUUUUAAAAAGAGAAUGACGAGACAUUUUUAUACACUGUCUAUAAAAUAGCUUUGUAGGUUUCAUGUGAGCUUGUGGUGAGGGGAUUGGUUGAUCUGUGAAUCUGAAACCAAUGUGGUGUCCAUAUUGAGCCCAUGGAAUGUGGGGGGGGGAGGGAAACUACUACUGGCCAAGUUACUUCUCUGAGGAGAAACAUGCUGAUCUUUUUUCUUCCCCCCCCCCCCAAUUCAACAAGAUCUUUAGUGGAAAACGUAUGUUCAGAACAAGGUUUUGAGAUGCCAGGGUUGACAACUUUAGGGAAAAGGUUGUGAUGCUUAGCCCUUUCUAAAAGUCCUUGGCUCUAAGGAUGUCUGAAGCUAGACACCUAAACCAUUAGCUCAUGUAGAUUCUCAAGUGACUCACUGCAGAGGAAUCCUAUUAGAUGCAGACUUGAACUAUUCCAGAGCAAGUAAUUUCAAGACUCUAGCCUUAGAUUAGAAUGGAGUUCUUUAAAAUCCUAAUUUGACUUCCAUCAGCCAUCCCUCUUAUGAGCCACUAUCCUCUCCUCUCCACAAGGAGCCAUUUUCCUUUGACUGGAGAUGUCUACCCCUGACACUCCAUCCCUUUUCUUUUUUAAAAAGAAUUUCCUAUAUUGCGACUGAUAGUGAAAGUGUCUAUGGGGCAAGACCUAUGAACUUGUUGCAUCACCUCAUGCGUGUGCUUUGAAGCUUUUUGAAGGUGGGAGGGAAUUCCCGGAAACGGCUCUGGCUGUAAACCCAUGGGGUGGAAUGGUUCUUGUUUUGGCAGAGUUGGGGGUGGGUGGAUCUUCGGAUUUAACACAGCAACUGAAAGCAGCCAAGUAUAAAAUCUUGUGUUCACUUUACUCCUGGAGGUGGAAUCAAUCAGGGUUUUUCAAUAAUAAUGCUUAAUUAACAGUUUAUAUAUAAACUGUUCAUUUUCUGAAACGUUUUCCAAUUAUAGCUCUCUUUCUCCUAUGUUUGUGCAUGUUAUGGAAAUUUUUCCUCCUCCAUGAAUGUGUUUUGGGUUUUUUUAUUUUCUUUGAUUGUUUGUAAUGAAAAAUGCAAGAGAAGAAAAAUCAGUUUACUGAAAAGAAAAAGCCACCUUGA